AUGCUUUCACGUAAAAUCAGUAUCAACCACAUUCUUAAACAAAUCGAAAACAAAAGAGUUUUAAUGAGAGUAGACUUUAACGUUCCUUUAAAAGAUGGUGCAAUAAAAGAUCCUACCAGAAUAAAAGGUGCCCUACCAUCAAUAAAGAAAAUACUCGAAUGUAACCCUAAAGGUCUUGUAUUAAUGUCUCAUUUAGGUCGUCCCGAUGGUAACCGUGUCGAAAAGCAUUCUUUGAAGCCCUUAGUUCCUAAACUAGAGGAAUUAUUAGGUACAAAGGUUACAUUUUUGAAUGAUUGUGUAGGAAAGGAAGUUCAAGAAACUGUUUAACAAGGCCGCAAUGGUCAAAUAUUCCUUCUUGAGAAUUUAAGAUUUCAUCCCGAAGAGGAAGGAAAAUAUAAAGACUCCUAAGGAAACAAAAUAAAAGCUGAUAAAAAGAAAGUUGCUGAAUUCCGUAAAGAGCUUACCAGUCUUGGUGAGCUUUACGUAAACGAUGCUUUCGGAACUGCCCACAGAGCUCAUUCUUCAAUGGUCGGAAUAGACCAUAAAAUCCGUGCUUCGGGCUAUUUACUCAAAAAGGAAUUAGAUUAUUUCGGAAAAGCCUUAGAAAAUCCCAAUAGACCCUUCCUCGUAAUAUUGGGAGGUGCUAAAGUUAAGGAUAAAAUCCAAUUGAUCGACAAUUUAAUUGACAAAGUUGACGAAAUGAUAAUCGGAGGAGGAAUGGCUUUCACUUUCUUAAAAAGAAUGCACAAUAUUAAUAUUGGAAAGAGUCUUUUUGACGAAGAAGGUUAUAAAAUAGUUGACAAACUCAUCCAAAAAGCAAAAGAUAAAGGCGUUAAAUUACACCUUCCUGUUGAUUUCUUAUGCGGAAAUGCCUUAGAUAAUAAUGCCGAUACUAAAGUCUUUGAUCUUAAGUCUGGAAUCCCUGAUGGAUGGUGGGGAUUGGAUGCUGGUCCUUAAACUAUGCAAUUUAAUGCAGAAGCUGUGUCUAGAGCUAACACUAUUGUAUGGAAUGGACCUUAAGGCAUGUUUGAAAUACCUAAAUUCAAAUAGGGAUCUUCUGAUUUACUAAAUAAAGUUGUAAAUAGAACCCAAAAAGGAUCUAUUUCCAUCAUUGGUGGUGGAGAUACUGUUAAUCUUGUCGGAAGUGAAAAAGCUAGUGAUAAAGUAAGCCAUGUUUCUACUGGAGGUGGUGCUUCUUUGGAAUUAUUGGAAGGCAAAGAAUUACCAGGAGUUGCUUAUCUUACUGAUAUUGAUUAACUUUGA